CGGCUCGGCCCCGCCAUGGGGCCGCCGCUGCCGCCGCUGGAGCCGGGGCGGCGCCCGCAGCCCGGCACGUGGUACCGGCUGCGGCCGCGCGGUGCGGGGCCCAGCGGGCGCGUGGGCCACGGCUGCCUCCCGGUGCCGGGCGGGCCCGGCCGCGUCCUGCUGCUGGGCGGCGCAGACCCCGACGGCGCCUUCGCGGACGCGCACGUCGUGGAGCUGGGGUCCCUGCGCUGGGCCCAGGCCGGCUGGAGGGGGCUGCGGCCGCGCUACGAGCACGCCACCUUCCUGCCCGCCCGCCGCCCCCCGCGCCUCUGGGUCUUCGGCGGCGCCCACCGGGCCGGGAACAGGAGCUGCGUCCAGGCGCUGGACCCCGAAACAGGAACCUGGGAGAGUCCCGCGGUGGCUGGCACCCCGCCGCUGCCCAGGACGUUCCACACAUCCUCGGCAGCUAUCGGGGACCGUCUGUACGUCUUCGGAGGGGGAGACAAGGGAGCAGAGCCGGUCCAAGACCAGCAGCUUCACGUGUUCGACACAGCCACCUGUACCUGGUCCCAGCCAGACACCCGCGGUGAUCCCCCGUCCCCCCGGCACGGGCACGUCGUGGUUGCAGUCGGGACCAAACUUCUCGUACACGGAGGUUUGGCCGGCGAUGUUUUCUACAAUGACCUGUUCUGCAUCGAUACAAACGACCUGACGUGGGUUAAGAUACCAGCCAGCGGUGACGUCCCGGGAGGACGGGCGUCCCACGCCUCAGCGGUGUUUAGGGACCACCUGUACAUCUUCGGGGGGAUAGGCCCGGCCGGGACCCUCAACACCACGCACAAGUACCACAUCGGGGAGCAGCGGUGGACGCUCCUGCAGUUCGACGCCCCUCUGCCCGCGGGGAGGCUGGACCACGCCAUGUGCGUCGUUCCCUGGCGGGCCGGUGGGAGCGGCGGCACUGCCGCGGGCGCUGCGGAAGAGGAAGCUGAAGGGGAGCCGGCCGCACCAGCUGGUGGCGAGGCCGACCUCCUCCAGGGGAGCCAGGACGAGGAGGGGCGCGGUGAGGACCCAGCGACGCAGCUGCUGUUCGUGUUUGGGGGCAUGGACACGCAAGGGGAGAUAUUCAGGGACUGCCUCGUAACUGUGAUCGAGUAGCCCGCGGGCGGUCCUUUCUGGGAAGGGUUUGUAGCGGUGUCUGAUCGAGUUCCUGCCUUCCAAUAAACAAGCUGUAGCCGCCAGACGGGUGGCGCUGCGCCCGCCCCAGGUA